AUGGACGAGGAGUUGUCCAAUAUGACCACGGCAGCCCUUAUAAAAAAGUCUUUCCUGAUUCACCGGUCUUUCCUUUCGGACGCAAUCCCAGCCAUCGCUAGUGGCAUUGGAGGCGCUGCUACAGGAAUUGCGGGAGAAGCUGCCAGCGCUGUCACCGCUGCACCAAGUGAGCUCCAUGAAGCAGCGUCCGCUUUACAAACAGUAGCUUCCGACGUCAAAACCGCAGCGGAGAACCAAAUCGAGACGAUAGUAAACAAAACAGAAAGUGUACUCGCGGAGGAUGUCCAACAAGCCAUUAAUAAAUUCAUACCUGCUAACAUAUCUGUGGGAACGAAGGAGGUCUGCCUAGGAUACGUAGAUGGACCUGGAGCUUGCCAUCCUCUGUCCACUGGCGCCAAUCUUAUCAUUGCUGGCCUAGUCUUCUUCAUUCUUUUGACAUUGAUCAUCGCCUGCUUGAUAUUCUUUCUUCCCUGGCUUCAUAUCUUCACUCGGUUGGGAUUAUGCAUAACCAUGGUGUUUUCGUGCGUGGCGAUAUUUCUGACGCUAACCGUGGCUGUUUUCACGGUCCGUUCCUUAGCCGGGGAGCUUUCAAAGCAUUCGCAUGGUUUACUAUCCAUCCAGAGCGGUGGUUUAGGAGGAUACUGUGUGGGGAUUCUAAUCUGUAUUCUCCUAGCAAGCGCUGUGGGAAUGUUCGGAUUGCACAAAGAAAAUGAUGGCGCCAGAUGA